UGAAACCGCGCAUCCAUGGGCGACGGGAAGGGCGCUACCUCCACUUGAAAGUCAAGAGAGAAGACAAAGCAGAGCUGACGAUGGCGAUGGAAAAAGCAAGUUUGGUCCUUUUCGCGUUCACAGUCUCAUGGACCUACUUACUUCUACGACUACGGCAAUUUCCCCUUACUUUCAACAGUAUGUGUGAAAGAAAGCUCUUCCGAAAUGCCGCAAAUCUCUGCCUGCAGAUUUGGACACUCAGAUAUCACUUAAGUUUCAAGCACAAGGGUCUCAAGGUGGUGUGGUGCUCUGUAAUGAUGCAUUGAUGAUUUCUACUGAGAUGCUGCUUCGCUGAAAUUCAAGAUGGACAGGCGGAGUCGGCUAUGGCGAAGGAAGUCAUCAGAGAAGAGUCCCGGCGAGACUGAGAGUUCAGGAUCGAUGUCUUCUCAUUCUGAAAGAUUUUCUGAUGAUCAGGCAAAUCCAACUCAUAGCACUCUAUUGCCAGAAGUCACUUCUAAAGCUCCACGCAUUGAAGAAGAAGAUAAUGAAAGUGUCGAGACUUUGACAGAGAAAUUAUCAGCCGCCAUUCUUAAUAGUAGUGCCAAAGAUGAGUUGGUAAAGCAGCAUGCUAAAGUUACAGAAGAAGCUGUCUCAGGCUGGGAGAAGGCUGAAAAUGAAGUGUUGGGUUUAAAACAGCAACUUGAGGCUGCAAAUCAGAAAAACUCAGCUCUUGAAGACCGAGUUGGUCAUCUUGAUGGAGCACUAAAGGAAUGCGUGAGGCAGAUUCGACAGGCAAGAGAAGAGCAAGACCAGAAUACCCGAGAAGUUGUUGCCAUAAAAACUCGUGAAUGGGAAUCCUCAAAGUCCAUGCUUCAGAGUCAGCUUGUUGAUCUCCAGGCUCAACUUCAGACUGCUAAUACUGAAGCUGCUGCCUCAAUUGAUUUUGAUUUGCGCUCAAAGCUUGAGGCUACUGAAAAAGAGAACUCUGCUCUUCAACUUAAGCUUCUUUCUCGAGUGAAGGAGCUAGAAGUCAGGACUAUAGAGAGGGAUUUGAACGCACAAACUGCAGAAACAGCCAGUAAGCAAUAUUUAGAGAGCAUAAAGAGGGUGUCCAAGCUUGAAGCUGAGUGCCGUAGGCUAAAAGCCUUGACUCGUAAAACAUUGCCUGCUAAUGAUCACAAACCGUUUUCUACAUCCUCAGUAUACAUAGAAUCUUUUACAGAUAGCCAGUCAGAUAGUGGGGAGAGGGUACUGGCAAUUGAUCCAGAUCCACAUAAAGUGAGUGGCUUGUAUCCAAGUCAAUAUGAUCCAAGCCAGUCAGAUUCACGGGCAUCAGCUCAAAUCACAGAACAUGGUCAGUUUAAGAAUGAGAAGGAUUUUGGAAAAAAUCUUAUGGACCCUUCAGAAGAAAUCAAUCUCAUGGAUGAUUUUCUUGAAAUGGAGCGGCUUGCUGCAUUGUCAGAUACAGAAAAUGACAGCUGUCAUCUUGAGUUGGGAAUUGAAUAUCAACCUCAAACUGGAGAAAACCCUUUAAAAACUGAAUUUGAAACCAUGAUUCAAAGGGCCGCGGAACUUGAGAGGAAGUUAGAGAAGAUGGCAGCAGAAAAAGUGGAACUUGAGAUGACUCUGACUGAGUGUCAAAAGCAGCUUGAGACAUCACAAAGUCAACUAGUGGAGGCUGAUAUGAAGUUGGAAGACCUUAAAAGAGAGUUAGCUCUUGCAAAUGACUCAGUGUAUGCUGCAGAUGAGGAAGUAAAGACUUAUCAAACAAUGAGAGUAGUGGCAGAGUCGCAACUAAGAGCUAUUCAAACUGAAUUCAACUCCUUGCUUUUAAAAGUUGGUUCACUAGAAGAAGAGGUUUGGAAGGAGCGAAAUUUGUCAGCUGAAAAUGUGGCCAAAUGCCAGAAACUGGAGAAUGAACUAUUUAGUAUGACACAUGAAGCUGAGCGCCAGCGUGAGGUUGAGCUCCAGCGGUUGGCCAGUACUAAUGGUGAAUUGAAGAUAAAGCAGGAGAAAGAACUAGCAUUGGCUGCGAAUAGAUUUGCGGAGUGCCAGAAAACAAUUGCAUCUCUUGGCCAACAGUUGAAGUCACUUGCAACUCUGGAGGACAUCCUGGUGGACUCUGAGAGGCCACCAGAGCUCAUUGAAGAAGGAAUGCAGUGCCACAUAAAUAGUGUGGAACCACGUAAUUUACACCCAAACCUGAAUACUGCAAGGGUAGUAUAAAUUUUGAUUGCAGCAGAUGAUUGACGAAAAUCCUUAAAGUUCAGUGAUGGCGGAUUGUCCUUUGUUACUGUUAUCAGCAAAAGGGCUUAAUGGAUUUGGAGAACUUUUUGCCAGAGGUAAAAUCGGGACACAAUAUGAAAAAUUAAUUAAAGAAUUAUAUUAAGAAAAUUUGGAAGGGAAAAAAAAUAUAGUUUCAAGUUUUCAUUGUAGAGCUAGAGCAUGUAUAUUUUUUCGGUGUUAUCUGUAGAUUCAAUGCCUGUGAAUCGACAGUUUGUAUUUACAUACGUGGACAUAGUUGCAAUGUUGAAAGAAGGUAUAGUAAUAUACAUAAGAUUUGAAA